GCCCGGCAGUCGCGUGUGGUGCGCCGCGCCGGGCCGGGCGCCAUGGACGACUCCAGCCUGCUGAGGCGCAGAGGGCUGCAGAAGGAGCUGAGCUUGCCACGCCGAGGAAAGAUCUGUCGAAACAACAGGAAGAGCUUGGCAGUGGGAACACCUUCACCCACUCUCUCCCGCCCUCUGUCUCCCCUUUCCGUGGCCACAGCUGGGAGCAGUCCUGUGGAGAGCCCUCGCAACUUCCCCAGUGGGUCCUCAGCCAGUUUCCCAUUUUUUCGCAGCCAUGUUCCACGGACUGACAGGGCUGAUGGCAGAAGGUGGUCGCUGGCUUCGCUACCCUCCUCUGGCUACGGGACCAAUACCCCCAGCUCCACUGUCUCGUCCUCCUCCUCCUCCUCCCAGGAGCGGCUCCAUCAGCUGCCCUACCAGCCCACCCCAGAUGAGCUGCACUUCCUCUCCAAGCACUUCCGGAGCACGGAAAGCGUCAUAGGUGAAGAUGGACGCCACUCGCCAUGUCUGCGUCCUCGAUCUCGGAGCCUGAGCCCCAAGCGGACAAGCGGAGUCUUUGACAAUGAGGUUGUAAUGAUGAAUCAUGUUUACAAGGAACGGUUCCCAAAGGCCACAGCCCAGAUGGAAGAGCGCUUGGCAGAGACGAUUUCCAGCUUCUCCCCCAGCAGCACCCUGCCCUUGGCUGAUGGGGUCCUGGGCUUCAUCCACCACCAGAUCAUUGAACUGGCCCGCGACUGCCUCACCAAGUCUCGCCGGGCACUCGUCACCUCCCGCUACUUCAUGGAGCUGCAGGAGAAGCUGGAGAAGAUGCUGAGAGAUGCUCAGGAGCGGUCAGAGAGUGAGGAAGUACACUUCAUUGAGCAGCUGGUCAAGAAACUGCUGAUUGUCAUCUCCCGGCCAGCUCGCCUGCUGGAGUGUUUGGAGUUUGACCCAGAGGAGUUCUACCACUUCCUGGAGGCAGCGGAAGGACAUGCCAAAAUGGGGCAAGGGAUCAAGACAGACAUCCCCCGUUAUAUCAUCAGCCAGCUUGGACUAGCCAAAGAUCCCUUGGAAGAAAUUACUGAACUCAGUCAAGUUGACUGCAGCUCCCCUACUGGUCUGGAGCAGCAAGAGGAGACACUGGAGAACCAGGCUGCUGUCCCUGUGUCUCGGAGGAAGCCCCGCGAGUGUGAUUUUGAAACCAUCAAGCUGAUCAGCAAUGGAGCAUACGGGGCUGUUCAUCUAGUACGGCACAAGGAGACCCGCCAGCGUUUUGCCAUCAAAAAAAUCAACAAACAGAACCUGGUGCUGCGAAACCAGAUCCAGCAGGUCUUUGUGGAGCGCGACAUCCUAACAUUUGCAGAGAACCCUUUUGUUGUGAGCAUGUUCUGCUCCUUUGAAACCCGCCGCCAUCUCUGCAUGGUCAUGGAGUAUGUGGAAGGUGGGGACUGUGCUACACUGCUGAAAAACAUGGGCCCCUUGCCUGUGGACAUGGCCCAGAUGUACUUUGCUGAGACAGUGCUGGCCCUGGAGUACCUCCACAAUUACGGCAUCGUCCACCGGGAUCUCAAGCCAGACAACCUGCUCAUCACCUCCAUGGGCCACAUCAAGCUGACUGACUUCGGGCUCUCCAAGAUUGGCUUGAUGAACAUGACCACAAACCUCUACGAGGGCCACAUUGAAAAGGACACGCAGGAGUUCAUGGACAAGCAGGUGUGUGGCACUCCUGAGUACAUCGCCCCAGAGGUCAUCCUCAUGCAGGGCUAUGGCAAACCGGUGGACUGGUGGGCCAUGGGGAUCAUCUUGUAUGAAUUUUUGGUGGGCUGCGUCCCAUUCUUUGGCGAUACUCCAGAGGAGCUCUUCGGACAGGUGAUUAGCGAUGAGAUCCUGUGGCCAGAAGGGGAUGAACAACUUCCUGCAGAUGCACAGGGCUUGAUCACGCAACUUCUGCGACACUGUCCACUGGAGCGCUUAGGCACAGGGGGAGCCCAUGAAGUGAAACAGCACUGCUUCUUCCGCAGCCUGGACUGGAACGGGCUGCUCCGGCAGAAGGCCGAGUUCAUCCCCCAGCUGGAGGCAGAGGAUGAUACGAGCUACUUUGACACCCGUUCAGAGCGCUAUCGGCACCUGGGUUCUGAGGAUGAGGAAACCAACGAUGAGGAGUCCUCCUUAGAGAUCCGCCAGUUCUCCUCUUGCUCCCACCGUUUCAGCAAGGUUUACAGCAGUUCUGAGUACCUGGCCAGUCCCUCCAGCCUCAGCUGCCUGGCAGCGGAGCAGGGACAGGACAAGAGGUGGGAUCGCAGCUCAGGAGAUGAGAAGAGCCGGACAGUGGGUCCAAAGGCCAGGCUCCGUGCGUGGACGUCCUGCGGCUCCACCUUUCAGACCUUCCAGCAGGAAUGCAGCCGCAACCCUGCCCCCCUGAGCAGCACAUACAGCCUGGAAGCCAUGCCCAAAUUUGCUUUCUCCUCUGAGGAUGAGGGCCCUUGUCAGAGCUCAGCAAACCGGGAGUGUCCAAUGUUCGUGGUUGGGGAUCCUGCAGUUGCAAUGCCAAGAACACCAGCUGAACUGUUCAGCUUGAACCGUGUCCGUCUCAGGAGCAACAGCACAGGCACCAAAAGCUCCACCCUGCAAGACCUGGAACCCAACAGUGGUCGCCGGCUGAGUGGCCGUAAAGAUGCUCCAGCAAAGCACCAUGUCUCAGGUGGGGGCCGGGUGCCCAAGUCUGCCUCAGUCUCCGCCCUGUCGCUUAUCAUCAGCUCAGAUGACUCUGGUGGGGGGGCCGUAGUGAGCCCCAUCUCGCCCCGCUCCCUCUCCUCCAACCCGUCGUCCCGAGACUCCUCCCCAAGCCGGGACUCCUUCCUCAGUGGCACCAGCCUGCGACCCCCCAUUGUGAUCCACAGCUCAGGCAAGAAGUAUGGCUUCACCUUGCGUGCCAUCCGGGUCUACAUGGGCGACAGUGAUGUUUACAUCGUGCACCACAUGGUUUGGAGCGUGGAGGAUGGCAGCCCUGCUCAGGAAGCAGGUCUCCAGGCAGGGGAUCUCAUCACCCAUGUGAAUGGCGAGUCAGUCCAGGGCCUGGUGCACACGGACGUCGUGGAGCUGCUGCUGAAGAGUGGUAACAAGGUGUCACUGAGGACCACAGCCCUGGAAAACACCAGCAUCAAGGUGGGCCCUGCGCGGAAGAACAGCUCCAAGACACAGAUGGCCCGCAGACGCAAGAAGAGCCGCAAGCGGGACAGCCAAGACCGGAGGAAAUGCCUCUUCAAGAAGAUCUCCAAGCAGACAUCCAUUCUACACACCAGCCGCAGUUUCUCCUCGGGGCUCCAUCACUCCCUUUCAUCAAGCGAGAGCCUCCCAGGGUCUCCUACGCACAGCCUGUCGCCUGGGCCCACCACCCCCUGCCACAGCCCUGCCCCAGACAUCCCCCCAGAUUCUGCCUCCACACAAAGCACGUCCCCCUCCUCCAGCACACCCACCUCUCCAGCAGGACACAUCCGGCCAAGCUCCCUUCACGGAUUAGCACCAAAGCUACGCUACAAGGUUGGGCGCCGCAAAUCAACCAGCAGCAUCCCUCCGUCCCCCCUGGCUUGCACUGCUGCCCCUGCCCCACGGCCUGUGUCUCCCCAAAGAUCGCCAUCACCACUUCCCUCGUUCACCAAGAGUGCCCAGGCUUUCCCGGGGAAGUCUCUGUCUCCACCAGCCAUUGUGCGGCAAACGUCCAGGUCCUGCAGUGCUGAAGGGUCUCGCUCCCCAUUGCUCAAACGGGUCCAGUCUGCUGAAAAGAUCCCCACCAGCCUAGCAGAGAAGAAGAGCUCUGGCAGCCGCAAGCUCGUCCUGGAGAUGCCCGUUCCGGGAAAGGAGUGCUCCAAAGGUGGGAGCACAGCUGCUCAGAGAGAGGCCGGUGCUCCUCAGCUCUGUGACUGGCCUGGAGUCUGUCACGAAUGGGACCCGGAAGUGGUGGUCAUGCGGCGGCUGAAUUUGUCCGAGUGCCGGGACUCCUUCAAGAAGCAGGAAGCUGUCCAGGAGGUGAGCUUUGACGAGUCAGAGCUGGGGGCCAGUGGCCAAGACCAGGCCAAGAGCAAGCCAGCUGCCUGGCACCGUGGACCGUGCUUGGCUUCCUGGAUGGAAGAUGGGCCUUGCGACUCACCCCUUGCCUCAGGGCCUAAGCUGCUGGUGGUGCCUCACAUUGCAGUACAAGGCGAUGAACCAGCAGGAAGAACAGCCGCAUGGGAGUGCCAGGGCUCCUACCCCAGGCAGCUGGAGGCCCGGGUGUACAUUGAGCAAGAGGAUGGGACAACUGCCAUUGAAUACAAAAGCGUCUCCUCCCAGUGCCAGGGUGGUCAGGAGCAGAGGGAGUCCCUAGCAGCACUUGGAACUGGACCAAGAACAAGCCACGCAGGGGAGGCAGAGGACUUGCCCCUCACACCCCCCAGGAAUCAGGUGUGGAGGAGUUUAGGAAGCCAGCAGCAGGAACCCCUCAGGGCCAGCCUGUCCCAAACAGACCAAAAAGAAGGCCUUGGCCAAGCCCAGAGUAAAGCCGUGGACGGAAAGUAGCCUGGGAUAGGACUGAAACUGGGGGGCCCCGCUUGCCUUCUGCCUCCCCUCCCCAAGAGAGGUCCUUGGACUUCCUCAGAGGCUGAGGGUGGAUGUGAUUCAGGCUGGAGGCUGAGGAAGGCUUUGCUGUCAUUUAGUUAACUGGAAAAGUACCACUAAAUCUGUUGCGUUGGGAUGAGCCAGGAAGUGUGUAGAGUUCAAAGCAUUCUCAGAUGGCAGGAGAGAAAGAUGCCCUGGAGAACAUCUGUGUCUUUUGCAAGUUCAGCACGAACGUGUCCAGGUUGCCUAACGGGAUGUUUGCCACAUCUUGCCCUCUCCACUUUGUAACCUUUCCCAGCAUCCUUCAACUGGGGGUAAGGGACUCUCAGACCUUAAGGGGGUGCUGAAAAGAGACACUGACUGCUGCAGCACUCUGACCAGAAUUCUCUCCUUCCGUUUAUUUUCAUGCACUUAAGUGGCUAAGGGUGGGGGGGGGAGGCAGUUGCCCCGAACCCCGCCCCCCUGCAUAACUGAAGCACAGAAGCAGGCCAGGGCCAGCUUAUAAUGUUGGUCUCCUGUAACCAAGUGCCACUUCUUGACAAAAUCAGCAGCAGAACAGGGGUGGAUAUCCUGCCUUCUCCCAGAAGCCAACAAGAUCUAGAGCAAUGCAGCAAGAUCACGUGGGAGCUUUAGGGGGGAGAGAAGGAGAUACUGCUUUUUAAAUAGUAAAGAGUCCAGUAGCACCUUUAACCAACUUUAUUGUAGCAUAAG